GCCACAUGCUGUCUGUGAGUGCUAGCGUCACAGCUCUCUGCAGUGCCAUCUGAGACCAUACGAGCUGGACACAGCGAUGGGGGACUCUCCAACAAACGCCAUGGAUGGAAGCACAGACACGUGCUGCAAGGACACGCAGACUGAACUGGCAGAGCGGGUAGCAGCCAUAGAUGUGGCUGUUGGCCCAGACAAAAGUGACCAAAAUGGUGAAGACAACACUGAUGAAAAGGACACAGUCUUUUCUGACAACAUAAAAGACAUCCAAAGAAAUGGAGUCAACAGUGAUGUGGGAAUGAAUGAAUUUCUGCCUUCCCAACGGCCAGAAGAUGCUCACUGGAGGCAUGUUCCCAAGAGACCUCUCACUAGGCCUGUCCUAUCAAGUAGGAAGUUGUCUCUUCAGGAGAGAUCAUCAGGAGGUUAUUUGGCUUCUAGCAACACUCCAGGUUAUGGUGCUUACGCUACAGGGCCAUCGCCACGUAUAAUGAGGAGACCAACAAUAGAGUCCAAUCGGGUCUCCAUAUCGGAUUCUGAGGACUGCGUGCAAUUAAACCAGUACAAGCUGCAGAGUGAAAUCGGCAAGGGUUCCUACGGUGUUGUGAAACUGGCCUACAACGAAAACGAUGAAAAGUAUUACGCUAUGAAAGUCCUCUCCAAAAAGAAGCUCUUGAAGCAGUAUGGAUUUCCACGUCGACCUCCUCCCAGAGGGUCGAAAGCAUCCUCCGGAGAGCAGCCAAAACCCAUGGCACCACUGGACAGAGUCUAUCAGGAAAUAGCCAUCUUAAAGAAACUGGACCAUGUCAACAUCGUUAAGCUGAUAGAGGUCCUUGACGAUCCUGCAGAGGACAACUUGUACAUGGUGUUUGACCUCCUGAGGAAAGGGCCUGUCAUGGAGGUACCAAGUGACCAGCCCUUCAGCGAGGAGCAGGCUCGGCUCUACUUCCGAGACAUCGUCUUGGGCAUCGAGUACUUGCACUACCAGAAGAUCGUUCACCGGGACAUCAAGCCUUCCAACUUACUCUUAGGAGAUGAUGGGCAUGUCAAAAUCGCUGAUUUUGGAGUCAGCAAUCAAUUUGAAGGGAACGAUGCCCAGCUUUCCAGCACGGCAGGGACACCAGCCUUCAUGGCACCAGAGGCCAUUUCAGACACAGGCAAAAGUUUCAGCGGAAAGGCACUUGAUAUAUGGGCCAUGGGAAUUACCCUGUACUGCUUUGUUUACGGGAAGUGCCCUUUUAUAGAUGAAUAUAUUCUGGGUCUUCAUAACAGGAUCAAGAACAAGCCUGUAGAGUUCCCAGAAGAAGCACAGAUAAGUGAAGAGCUCAAGGAACUGAUCCUACGCAUGCUCGAUAAAAAUCCAGAAACCAGGAUAACAGUCCCUGAAAUUAAGGUGCAUCCGUGGCUAACCAAGGGUGGCGAGGAGCCCCUGCCACUGGAGGAAGAGCACUGUACUGUGGUGGAGGUGACAGAGGAGGAGGUGAAAAACUCCGUGAAGACAAUCCCGAGUUUGCCAGCUGUGAUCCUAGUGAAGGCCAUGCUAAGAAAACGCUCCUUUGGAAAUCCGUUCGAGGUUCAGACCAGGCGGGAGGAGAGGUCCAUGUCUGCUCCAGGGAACUUACUGAUAAAACAAGGGAGCAGAGAAGGAAGCAGGGACCCGGAGCUGCCCGAUGUGUGUGAAGAUGAAGCUACGUCCUGAAGCUGCCUGGCUGUCGCAGGCUGGCCGCUCACGUGCUGCUGCUGUUGUACCCAUCGUGGUGUUGUCUAGCACACAUCUGCCCUCAUCGCCAAGUCCAGGGCCUGCAAAGCAAAAGAAAAAA